AUGAUUUCCAUCUUUCUUGUUGUGUUAGUUGCUCAAGCCGAAUAUCUCAUGACCAAUUACAACGAAUAUGUGAAUGUCUAUCAACUCGAUAAAUGUUAUUAUACCGGAAGCAACAAGUAUACAAAAUACGUCAAAGAUGGCAAGAAGGCAAGAAUUUACACAUCAAAUACAUGUGAUAAUUGGGUUGAUGAAGGCUCUUUUGAGCUUGAAAACAAUCAAUUGUUUUCGAAUAACCUACCAGAAUACUCGGCAGUUGCUUAUUCAUACCUUGAUGCAGAACACUGCACCAUCAAAGGAAAUGGACCAUAUCCAUUAGAAAAUGUAAAUCAAACCGGAUGUGUCAAAACAUCAUUUUACACCUCAUCGGAAUCAGAAUUUAUAGAUGGGUGGGUCCAUAAAACACGUAUAUACAU